AUGCUGGACCGCACGCCGCGGUUGCCGAUGCCUCGACCGUCCAUGGGGUCGGCGGACCGGCCGGUGGAGGCGAGCGGCAUCGUGGGCGUGCUGCUCGGCUCGUCGCUCGCCGCCUCGCCCAACAGCGCCGCCAAUACGCCCGACCAGCUGCGGCAGGACCUGAAGAGGGCGCUCGACCACUCCCAGCUGGUCAAGGGGCUGUUUGACAAGAUGGGCAACGACGACUUUGACCUGGGCGAGCUCGUCGUGGGCGGCAUGGACCAGGGGGGAGAGGAGAAGGCCGAGCGGCGAAAGUCGACGUCGGGCUCGAGCAAGCGCGGCAAGCGGCAGGAGAAGGAGAAAGGAAAGCCCGUAAAGUGCCGUUGCGACAAGUCGGGCUGCCUCAAGCGCUACUGCGUCUGCUUUGCCGUCGGCAACCUCUGCUCCGCCGAGUGCGUGUGCAAGGGCUGCGAGAACGACGACUCGACCGAGGAGCGGAGGCAGAAGCGCGCCGCCGCCAUCGCCGCGAUGGAGAAGAAGAAGGCGAACGCCUUCAAGCCGCGCAUCGGCGGGGAGGAGGGGACCGACGCGUCUGGCGUCAAGUGCUCCGACAACUGCAAGUGCGUCGACUGCAAAAACCCGUUCGGCGCCUUCGAGGGCUGCAAACGCUCCGAGCCCGCCCCGGAGGCGAAGGCCGCCUCCUCGCCCGCGCGCCUUCGGUCGCCUGGUGGCGGCCCUCGCUCGCCGCGGCAGCCAGCCUCGCCGGCCGACACGCUCAUCGCGGCAGCGGCGGCGGCGGAGAAGGCAGCUGCGAUGGAGGUCGACUACCCCCGCGGCUCGUCACACGGCGCGCCGGCCUCCGCCGCGCCAGUCGGCCCGUUUCCUGCCGGAAUCGGCCCGUCUCCCGCGGCGCCGGGCAUUCUGCGGAUGAUGACGUCCAUCGACGGGAAGAAGAUCUCCCCGUCGAUGCAGGCGAGCCGCGAGGCCGCCGAGACGCUUGCGCGCGCGGCGGCCGAGGCGAUCAACGCGCCGACGCCGAAAGGAUUCCCCAUGCUGACGCCCGCCGGCAAGCCGCAGCCCAAGGCAGUGUCGUCCUCCGACCCGGCCUCUUCGGUCGGGCCGGCGACGACCAUGGCCGACAUCCACCGGCCUGGCGGGCGGGAUUUGUACCGAGAGGCAACCCACGCAUCAGUGCGCUGGGACUGCGACAUUUUGCUGCGAUGCAUGUCAUUCCCGCCUCCCCUGCGCGUCGCCCAUGGCGUGCUCGAGAGAGCUAGUCAGGCGCUGUGA